CAAGUCUGGAAACAAGCCUCCUUCCAAGUCAUGUUUGAAAGGAGAUAUGGGCAAAAACGAGGACAGCGACAAAAUUGUCAUUAAUGUUGGGGGCAUCAGGCAUGAGACGUACAGGAGUACCCUCAAAACCUUGCCAGGUACCAGACUCUCCUGGCUCACUGAGCCUGAUGCCUUUAGUAACUUUGACUAUGACCCCAAAACAGACGAGUUCUUCUUUGACAGACACCCUCAAGUCUUUGCCUAUGUCUUGAACUACUAUAGGACUGGGAAGCUGCACUGUCCCGCCGAUGUGUGCGGACCCCUGUACGAGGAAGAGUUGGCUUUUUGGGGGAUUGAUGAGACUGAUGUGGAGGCAUGUUGUUGGAUGAAUUACAGGCAGCACAGGGAUGCAGAGGAAGCGCUGGAUAGCUUUGAGACUCCAGAGCCAGAGGAGGAAGAGGAUGGAGAUCUGAAAAGACUAUGUCUCCAGGAAGAUGGCAGAAAGCUGGGCUGGUGGAAGAGAUGCCAGCCAAAAGUCUGGGCUCUGUUUGAGGAUCCCUACUCUUCAAAAUAUGCCAGGGUAAUGUAUGCCCAAGCUUUCUCUAUCUGUGCGUUAUCUGCCGCUUGGAAACAUUAGGAUGUGACACAUUGUAUCGUUAUGUAUGUGAAAUAGCUAAGCCUGGUCCCAAUAUAUCAUAUCUGCUAUUUGUAAACAGGGUUGGUUCACCUUCAAACAACUAGUUGGUUUCAGAUAGAUCACCAAAAAGAACGACUUUUUGAAAUUACUUUCUAUUCGCUAUGUGUCACCGUUUUUCUAACAUGGCAGUGUAAAGUGUCAUUUUUUCACCUUCUGAAGCAGCUCUGAGAGGGGGGGUCGCCGAACUGUUCUAAAUUAUUUAGUUGAAACAUUUCUUGUCUUUGUCCCUGCUGAGCAGAAUCCCUGAGUUUCAUUACAGGCAACUGUUAGAAUUGAUACAAUAGUUGCUAAUACUCCAGAGAUGCUGCUGAGAAAUGUAUCAACUAAAUGUUGCAACAUUGUAACAGUUCAGAGUCUGCACCUGAAUUACUGAGCUGAAACACCAGAGACAGGGACAUUCAACUUUAAACUUCGAUUUUGGAAAACCAGUAAAAAAAAAUAAAAUAAUGGGAAGUGAUUGAAAAAAAAAAAAA